AUGAGCAGCGGUCCCACCCCGGCGGAGCUUCGUUCAUGGAGAAAAGAGGCACAGCGGCAAAUUCGACUGGCCACAAACUGCCUCCGGGGAGCCACACGCAAAUGGGAGGCGGCAUGUGCUGAGGGCCUCGAUGCUGCCAGGGAGCUGUCCAAUGCAUUGUUAACCACCAGGCAUCUUGAUGCUCUGCAGGUAGAGGAGCUGUUUGACAUGCCUGGUCUCAAGGCCGCUUGCACAGGCAAGCUUGAACGGCAGCAAGCGUCAGCAAUAGCCAAGAUCGAGGCGAUCUUGGGGCAGUUGAAAGACAUUGUAGUGGAAAUUAGCCAGGGGUGCAAUAAUGUUCAUGAACUCACAGGGAAAUAUAGCCACAUUGCUGCACACGUUCAACGCCAGCCUGUCUUUGCAACAUUGACGUUUUCUAUCAUAGAUGAAAUGUUCCUGGGUGCAAAGGCGGCGUAUGAUGCAGAGCUACUGGCAAGAACCACGGUCGUGGAUGCCUUAAAGCAUGUCCACACAGGCACGGUCGACGGCGCCACGAGCGAAUAUGGGGACUUGAGGAAGAAGCUGCUGAUCGCGCUGCUAGCUUGGCAGACUGGCGUUCACCUGGACGUGGACGAAAUGAAGCACGUGAUAGAGGCGCUGACCCAAGAGGUCCACACGACGUGA